AAGAAAAAAAAAUCUAAGCAGCAGUAUUUUUAUCAGACUUUAAUUUUGAAAAAUCCUGCUUCGGAGGCCAUUUUGGCUCCACGGUGGCUGGUUUCGCCAGCAGUGUUUUGGGCGGCUCGUGCAGACGAGCGUCAGCUGAGUUACGCCAGUCUGACAUGAUUGAAGUUUUUACCGCAGCGAAUGUAUACAUAUUACAUAACGCCUCUGUAGAGAGUAAAAGUGCCCACUGAGCCAUGUGGAUUACCCCGGAGGAGGUGUUACUGGCGAACGCGCUGUGGGUGAGCGAGCGGGCGAAUCCCUAUUUCAUCCUGCAGAGGAGGAAGGGACACGGCAGAGGGGGCGGCAUCACCGGUUUGCUGGUGGGUACGUUGGAUGUUGUGUUGGACUCCAGUGCUCGUGUGGCUCCAUACCGAAUUCUGCACCAGACGGGAGAGUCCCAGAUCUUCUGGAACAUCGCUUGUGGCUCGUCUCGUAAGGAGAUCACUGAGCACUGGGAGUGGCUCGAGGCCAAUCUGCUCCAGACGUUGUCCAUCUUUGACAACGACGAUGACAUCACCACCUUCGUCAAGGGUAAAAUACAGGAAAAUCAGAAUGUCCACAUUAUCAGAGGAGAGGGUGGAUCUGUUAGCAAUGACAAUGUCCCCUGCUACUUCUAUGACGGCAUCAUCGCUGAGGAGAAUAAGAGCGGCAAAGCUCUGGAAGAUGAGGAUCCUGGAAAGUUUCGUGAAGCCGAGCUGAAGAUGAGGAAGUUGUUCGGAAUGCCGGAGGAAGAGAAGUUGGUGAACUAUUAUCCCUGCAGCUAUUGGAAGGGUAGAGUCCCACGACAGGGCUGGAUUUAUCUGUCCAUCAAUCACCUGUGCUUCUACUCCUUCCUGCUUGGAAAAGAGGUUUCGUUGGUGGUUCAGUGGAUGGACAUCACUCAGUUGGACAAGAACGCCACGCUGCUUUUCCCAGAGAGCAUUCGUGUGAGCACACGGGACACUGAGCAUUUCUUCUCCAUGUUCCUCAACAUCAACGAGACUUUUAAACUGAUGGAGCAGCUGGCCAACAUCGCUAUGAGACAGCUACUGGACAACGAGAGCUUCGCUGCUGAUCGCUCCCUCCCCAAACCCUGCAAGACCCUCAAAAACGUUUCCACGCUCAAAAGGGACUUGGACGCACGUGCGAAAAAUGAGCGGUACAGAGCGCUGUUUCGGCUCACACAGGAUGAGCGUUUGGACGGACACACCGACUGUACGCUCUGGACACCGUUUGCUAAGAUGCACGUUGUUGGACAAAUGUUUGUUUCUAACAACUACAUCUGCUUUGCCAGUCGAGAGGAAGAUCUGUGUCAGCUUAUCAUUCCAUUGAGAGAGGUGACUAUAGUGGAGAAAGCAGACAGCAGCAGUGUUUUGCCCAGUCCACUGUCAAUCAGCACUAAAAACAAGAUGACCUUCCUCUUUGCCAAUCUUAAAGACCGCGACUUCCUCGUUCAGAGAAUCUCUGACUUCCUACAGCGGACGCCCGAGAGACCCUGCAGCCUAAACGGCCAAUGUGAGAACCUCAGCCCGAGCACGCCACCCUCUCUCCCCUCAUCCCCUCCUGUGCUGGGGACAGGAGAGUUACCCCAAAACAAACACUACAGCCCCAGUCUGCCCACCGCCAAGCAGGGCCUCCUGAGAAUCUACCAGCAGGACGUCCCGGAGGAGCUGGGGCCCAAAGUGAUGAGAGAGAAGAUGAAAGAAGAAUCAUGGAACAUCCAUUUCUUUGAGUUUGGACGUGGAGUGUGUAUGUACCGGACGUCUAAGACCCGAGAGCUGGUUCUGAAUGGGAUCCCUGAGAGUUUGAGAGGAGAACUCUGGCUGCUCUUCUCAGGUGCUCAGAACGAGAUGGCCACACACCCGGGUUAUUACGGCAGUUUGGUUGAGCAGGCGAUGGGUAAAUGCACUUUAGCAACGGAGGAGAUUGAAAGGGAUCUUCACCGCUCCAUGCCCGAGCACCGCGCCUUCCAGAACGAGAUGGGCAUCGCUGCCCUGAGACGAGCCCUCACAGCCUACGCGUACAGGAACCCGGGCAUUGGAUACUGCCAGGCAAUGAACAUUGUUACAUCGGUGUUGUUGUUGUAUUGUACUGAAGAGGAGGCGUUUUGGCUGCUUGUCGCUCUUUGUGAACGGAUGCUUCCUGAUUAUUACAACACCAGAGUUGUGGGGGCGUUGGUGGAUCAGGGUGUGUUUGAAGAGCUCACCCGUGAGUGUUUGCCGCUGUUAUAUGAGCACAUGCAGGAGUUGGGUGUCAUCUCCACCAUCUCUUUGUCCUGGUUUCUCACACUCUUCCUGUCCGUCAUGCCUUUCGACAGUGCGGUGCUGCUGGUCGACUGUUUCUUCUACGAGGGCAUUAAAGUCAUUUUCCAGGUGUCUUUGGCUGUGCUGCAUGCUAAUAUGGAUCAACUGCUGUCCUGCUCAGAUGAGGGAGAAGCCAUGACUAUUCUGGGCAGAUAUUUGGACAAUGUCGUGAAUAAACAGACUGUUUCUCCGCCCAUUCCCCACCUUCACGCCCUGUUGACCAGUGGCAACAACCCACCUCCUGAGAUUGACAUCUUUGAGCUCAUUAAAUCGUCCUAUGAGAAAUUUGGCAGUCUGCGUGCUGACGUCAUAGAGCAGAUGAGGUUCAAACAAAGGUUAAAGGUCAUUCAAUUGCUAGAAGACACGGCUAAGAGAAGUGUGGUACGAGCCAUCAUGACCGAGUCUGCCUUCAGUAUUGAGGAGUUGGAAGAACUGUAUGUUCUGUUUAAGGCGAAACACAUCAUGAGCUGUUACUGGGGGGCGAGCAGCACCGCGGCGGAGCGUCACGACCCCAGUCUGCCAUAUCUGGAGCAGUACCGCAUCGACUGCGAACAGUUUGGUCAGCUCUUCUCCGCUCUAGCGCCCUGGAGCUGUGGACUUCACACUAACACACUCGCCAGCAGACUCUUCCGACUGCUCGACCAAAACAAAGACUCUCUCAUCAACUUUAAGGAGUUCGUCACUGGACUCAGUGGCAUGUAUCAUGGAGACAUGACUGAAAAACUCAAACUUCUCUACAAACUUCACCUGCCUCCGGCGUUGUGUCCAGAUGAGGCGGAGUCGGCGCUUGAGGCCACACAGUUCUUCACUGAUGAUGACACACCACAGGAUCCUCCCUUUCUGUCUCAUCUGGACUUCCUAGCACAGGAAGUGACCUCAGGUGAUGAGCUGAAGGAGGCAGGAGAUGCAUCAACGGCUGGAGAGACAGAUGAAAAGAAAGAGGAGAAGCCAAAGGACUAUAAAUACUAUCUGAGAAUGUGGGCCAAAGAGAGAGAGCCGAAGAAAGAAAGUAUUAAAGACCUGCCCUGGAUGAAUCAGGAGCAGUUUAUUGAAAUGUGUAAGACUCUCUAUAACAUGUUCAGUGAAGAUCCCAUGGAGCAAGAGCUGUAUCACGGCAUCGCCACAGUGGCGAGUCUCCUUCUGAGAAUCGGAGAAGUCGGGAAGAAAUUCACCAACAACGGCAGUAAGAAAGCUGAACCGCAGCUGCCCGCCGAAGAUGAAAUUCUACAGCCAGAGAGAGAAGAUUCGUCUGGGGAUGGUGGAUCAGGACAGUCCUUGGUCUGUAAGGCCUUGGCGGAGGCACAACUGGAAACGCCGCCUCCUACGGCGCCCGGCUCAGACGAAGAGGCGAAAGAUGACACAUCCAUUUCGUCAUUCUCCAUGGUGAGCGUUGGUUCGCUGCAGUGCGAUGACAUCGCUGAAGACACCAUUCUGAUUGGCUGCGUAAGUGGAGUGGGCGGAGAUGGGGCAGAUCGGAGGAGGGGCAGCUUGCCGGAUGCCGAUUGGUCGAUCACGUUUGAGCAGGUUUUAGCAUCGUUUUUGACGGAAACAUCGCUGGUUGACUACUUUGAGAAAAAACAUGAUAUCCAGAGCAAAAUAACGGCAUGUAAAUCGCUAAGAGCAGUCGAAAGACAGACUAGUACAUCAAGUGAUCUCGAUUUCUCUCUGUCCACACACUGACAACAAACACACAUACUCAUGCAGACAAGAAAGCAUGCAUGAACACAAAUACACACACAUGCAAUACUUAUAGUCAGUGUCAUAGUCUACAAAUUGUGUUAAAAUCCAUUGCCAGGCGCUUUCUAUACCAGUAACUGCUCAAGUUUUAGAUGUAAUGACCAUGUUUCAACCAAGUGUUUUGCUGAGUUUCAUUUUUUGAAAACAUCAACUAGAGGACUGGAAUUUAGCAUUAUGGGAUGUAGUUGAAGUUCCUUAAUCUGCUUGUGAUGGUAUCUGGGUUUAAAAAACUAAAUAUAGCGAUAGUAACUAAGUUCAUUAAACUGCUUUAGCCUCACUAUAAAGAUCAAUGAACGAAGCGUCACACUAAAUAUUUGAUUUGCACACUCGUCCCAGGUUGGAUUGAAGCGAGGUAACUCACACUAAAGCUUAUGUCACUAAUGCUUUUUCACGCGUGCUAUAGCUAAAUAUAAUCAGUGUAUUUGGCAGUAAGAAGUGUCCUUCAUGUCCUUACCCCCAUUUGGAUAGAAAACAAAAAUCACUGCACUUUUUGCUUUGGUUCAAAAAGCCAUUUAACAAGUAGUUGUGUACCUGUGUAUUGAUAAAAAAAAAUCAGCUUUACUGUUUCUAACUAGAUUAUUGCCUUACUGAUGAUCAGACAUGCACAGCUGAUGCUGGUCUGGGACAAUGUUGCACAAAAUGUUUGUUGUGGUUUUGGGGGACAGUACAGAAAGGAAGAUGUCUUAGGCCACCCAUGUUUGUCGUAAAAAAAAUUAAUUAUGCCUUGUCAGAUGUUUGGUUGCCAGAAUCUACAUAAACGUUUCGGCAGUCGGGCUAGCUUUAACACGUAAAGCAGGACUAUUUUCUUGUUUAUUCUCAAAAAUGUAGCAGUUUUAUUUGCUUAAAAAUGUCCUUUACCUUUAGAGUAAGCAAGUACAAUCACUGUGCCUUUUUCAUGAAACACGAGCAGAAUGACUUUGUGUAAAUUGCGCUAAUUAUUGCAUUAAAUAGAAAUUAAAAUCAUUCUUGUAUACAUCUUCACAUUAAAUUUAAAGGACUAUUCGCGAAACCAUUCUCGUGAAUCGUCAAACUGAAUUUAUGUAAAUUGCCGCAUUGACUUAAAAACGGUAUUCGUAAAUUUUUUUUUACAAAAAUUGCCGUGUUGAAUUCAAAACAGCAUUUGUUAAAAAUUAUUUCAGGAAAUUGUCACAUUGAAUUCGAAUUGGCAUUCUUAAAAACAUUUCUGCAUAAAUUGCCACAUUGAAUACAAAACAGCAUUCGUGAAAAAUAUUUACACAAAUUGCCGAUUCCAAAUGGCUUUCGUAAAAAUUAUUUCUCAUGUGAAACAUCGCACUGAAUUGUAAACGCAAUUCGUAAAAAAAAAUGUAUACGAGUUGUCGCUUUGAAUUCUAAACACCAUUCAUAAAAACAUAUAAACUAUUGCAUUGAAUUUAAAACACCAAUCAUAAAAAAAAAAAAAAAAAAAACUGUAAUUUACUGCAUUGAAUUCAGCAUUUGUAAAAAAUAUUUAUGGAAAUUGCCACAUUGAAUUUGAAUUGGCAUUCGUAAAAACAUUUCUGCGUAAAUUGCCACAUUGAAUUCAAAACAGCAUUCGUGAAAAAUAUUUACACACACUGCCGAUUCCAAAUGGCUUUCGUAAAAAAAUAUUUACUUAAAUUGCCGCAUUGAAUUCGAAUUGGCAUUUGUAAAAAAAUAUUUACGGAAAUUGCCACAUUGAAUUUGAAUUGGCAUUCGUAAAAACAUUUCUGCGUAAAUUGCCACAUUGAAUUCAAAACAGCAUUCGUGAAAAAUAUUUACACACACUGCCGAUUCCAAAUGGCUUUCGUAAAAAUAUAUUUACGUAAAUUGCCGCAUUGAAUUCGAAUUGGCAUUCGUAAAAACAUUUUUAUGAAAAUUGCCACAUUGAAUUCAAAACAGCAUUUGUAAGAAAUAUUUACUUCAAAGCACCAUUCAUAAAAACAUUUUUUACGCAAGUUGCUGCAUUGAAUUCGAAAAGGCAUUCAUAAAAAUGGUGUCAAUCAUCGCAUUGAAUUCAAAAAGCCAUUUGUAAAAACAUGUAAACUGUCGAAUUUAAUUUAAAACACCAUUCUUAAAAACAUCUUUCCUUAAAUUGCCGCAUUGAAUUCAAAACGGCAUUCGUAAAAACAUUUUUACGUAAAUUCCCACACUGAAUUCAAAACAGCAUUCGUAAAUAAUAGUUGCGUAAAUUGACACUUUUAAUUCAAAAGACCAUUCGAAAAAAAAUUUUUGCCUAAAGUUGUCACAAUGAAUUCUAAAAACAUUUCUAAAAAGAAAGAUUGGUAAUACCAUUUUGCAUAAGUUCUUGCAGUUUUUUUUUACAAAAAAAAAAUAAAUAAAUAAAAUGUAAAAGCAUAAGAAUGGUUUACAAAUGAUUUACACUCGUGUUUUAUGAAUUAAGCCCAUAAAGUUUAUUUUGGAGCUGUCUGUAAAAGUUGAAACUAGAUUUCCAGUUCUUUAUAGAAUGCUUUUUUGUAUCAAAUGAAGAUGAGAAGAACUCCACAAAGUUUAAAUUGAAGAAUUCUAGAACUCUUAGCCAGACCAAUGAAUGGGGUUCUAGAAACAUUUAACCAAGAAUUAAAAAAGAAUAUAUGUUUUAUGUAUGUAUAUAGAGAGGAAUCUAUAACCUGGUCUUUAAUGACAGACUUAUUUUAUUUUCAUCUUUAAUUACGUGUUCUAAAAGGCUAGUUUCAGUUAACUGGACACUUGUAUUCAAUCAGAAGUUGUCACGCUUCUUAAUCUGUAAAUAGUUACAUAUCACUCAUUCUAAUAUCGUAAGUUUUAAUGUUAAAAUGUAUGCAAUGAUUUGUCCUGUUUCUUUUGAUUGAUCCUGUAUGUAUUGUUUUGCUUUUAUUUUGUUAUCAGUCUCUGUUCUAUAUUUGUAAUUUUAACAGUUGUCUUUUUGUACUCCGUAAAUUAGCUUUAAGUCAAGCCGAUACAGAACAGAUUCUCAAUGGCUUCAGUAUUAUUUUUUUGUUUUGUGAGGUUAAAAAGCAUUAAAAACAGGGCCAGAUCUGAAAACUAAAUUCGAUACAACUAAAUCAGUACAAAUUAGCGAUUUUUAAAUCACUGACACAGUCGCAGUGUUAAUACUUGUAUAAAAUGAUUUUAAAAUUGGAUUAUAGCUGCCAAUUUAAGUGGCAAGCCGACAGCAACCGGCUGAAUUUGGACUGACCCAAGCAAAUAUAAUCCACAUCUCACUUUUAAAACAGCAACUUUCUAAUUUAGUACCAUGAAUAUGAAUGUGAGUAUAAACUGCGCACCUGCCAUGUGACCUCUGUUAAACUGUGAAAAUAUCUCUGGCUUCACUUCACUGUGUUUCUUAUUAACAACGCUGAUUAAUUGCACAAACUAACACUGUUUCAACAUUCAUCCUGCAUUUCACGGGAGUGAACGUUUUCAUUUUAUUUGGUCUGUCUCAUCCAGUGACCUGCAGUAGUAGUUAUCUGAUGUCCACUCAUUUAAAGGUUUUAAAACUGACUGUCAUGAACCAGUAUUGUGUAUUAUUAUUAUUAUGUAAUAAAAGGCAAGUUAAGGAAAAUGUAAGUGUAUCAUGCCUCAUAACUUCUGUACACACCCACUUUAAGUUCACUUAUCCAAACAAGCAUCACGUUACAGGAGUUAAAUGAGUUGUGAACGCCAUUUCAUGUUGACUUUACAUAUUCCCAAGUAAUUUGUUGUCAUCUUUUACUAAAAGCAGCAUAGUGAGAAAGCAGAGAAAGUGUACAACCACAAAAAAACAGCACUGAUGACCUUUAUUACAUGACAAACAAAAAAUGUGUGAAAUAAAAAUGCGAUGCAUGUUAAAGUUUAAGAUCUGGUAGCAAAAUAAGACCAAAAGUUCUAGUACAAAAUAAGAUAUAAAAAAUGGGCAAUUCUAGAAAAUUAGUUUUGCUUUAUAAGCUCUUAAUGAUAUAAAGAACACGUUUAAAUAUGUACAAACAAAAGCUGCUUAUAGAUUCAUAUUUGAGCAUCAGGAGAGCUGCAGCUGAAUAACGGCAAAUUGUUAUGACUGUGUGUGAAACCUGUCGGUGGUGAUGUGAUUGCGAAUGUUGUUUAUCUUGUAGAGACUGUGUUUGGUGUGUGUGUGUGUGUGUGUGUGUGCGCGCGAGAUAUGCAUGCAUGCAUCGAUUUAGGAACGAUAGAUGCAUGCAUGUCUCAGGCAUAAAAUAUGUUCCAUUAGGUCACAGCGCCUGGUACACUCAUGCAUAUGAAUGUCUAUUAAUGUUGCUGUAAAACCACAAUGAGGUCUUAUUAGAUUUCAAAUAGAUAGUGAGUGCAUGUGUUUUUGUGUGAAAUGAAGCUUUAACCUCCCAUAUGAGAUGUACUUUAAAUGUAUCAUUUGAAUUGUAAUGCUGUUUGUGUCAGCAGCAAUGCUACAGUAACAUAAUUUUCUUUUUUCAUGCUUUUUAUUCCCUGAUACUUCACUACAAAAUAAAAACUACAAAAUAUUUUUU